AUGCUCAGGGCUGCUGAGGAAGACAGUCAGAGGAUUACUGAGGAAGACAGUCAGAGGGCUGCUGAGGAAGACAGUCAGAGGACUACUGAGGAAGACAGUCAGAGGACUACUGAGGAAGACAGUCAGAGGACUACUGAGGAAGACAGUCAGAGGGCUACUGAGGAAGACAGUCAGAGAUCUACUGAGGAAGACAGUCAGGGGACUACUGAGGAAGACAGUCAGAGGACUACUGAGAAAGACAGUCAGAGGACUACUGAGGAAGACAGUCAGAGGACUACUGAGGAAGACAGUCAGAGGGCUACUGAGGAAGACAGUCAGAGAUCUACUGAGGAAGACAGUCAGAGGACUACUGAGGAAGACAGCCAGAGGGCUACUGAGGAAGACAGUCAGAGAUCUACUGAGGAAGACAGUCAGAGGACUACUGAGGAAGACAGUCAGAGGGCUACUGAGGAAGACAAUCAGAGAUCUACUGAGGAAGACAGUCAGAGGCCUGCUGAGGAAGACAGUCAGAGGCCUGCUGAGGAAGACAGUCAGAGGGCUACUGAGGAAGACAAUCAGAGAUCUACUGAGGAAGACAGUCAGAGGCCUGCUGAGGAAGACAGUCAGAGGCCUGCUGAGGAAGACAGCCAGAGGACUACUGAGGAAGACAGUCAGAGAUCUACUGAGGAAGACAGCCAGAGGCCUGCUGAGGAAGACAGCCAGAGGACUACUGAGGAAGACAGUCAGAGAUCUACUGAGGAAGACAGCCAGAGGACUACUGAGGAAGACAGUCAGAGAUCUACUGAGGAAGACAGUCAGAGGACUACUGAGGAAGACAGCCAGAGGACUACUGAGGAAGACAGCCAGAGGACUACUGAGGAAGACAGUCAGAGGCCUACUGAGGAAGACAGCCAGAGGAUCUACUGA